AUGCGGCAUUUUGAAAUGGCGGCAUAAUUUCAGGUUAAUGGUUCAAAUCACAAUUCGAUUAUAAAGAAUUUGCGCCAAAUUAUCUUAGGUAUGCUAUGCUCCAAACAAUCAUAAAUCAACGUUCAGGACUUCAGAUGGUAGCUGAAUCAAUGACCACAUGACAAUUUCGUCCGUCACCGUUCUUAUUUUGUAUAAUUUAUCAAUUGUAUGCUAAGGUUUACCUUUACUUAAACUGGUUAUAAUUACAUUGGCCUUGUGCGUGUUUCUGUAUUUUACUUAACAUUAUUUAAACGUAUUAAAUAUGAUUCUAUGUUUAUCUAGAAUUUAAACGAUUCUGUGUGAUUGGAGGUACGUUUUCCUUGCCCAAUCGACAUGUCCCAAAACACAUUGUUCAAUUAUUUUAAGAAAUUGCCAACUUCCGAGAACAAUACCAAUGGAUCGUCGUCACCCAGUAGUGUGACAUCAAAUACCCCAAAACGUCCGUCCAAGGAUAGUUCGUCAACUCCCAAAAGGAAGACUCCAAAGACUAUUAAUGGAAGUUCAAAAAAAGAGAAGAUUCCCAAUAGUGAAAGUUUAAAAAAAAAAACUGAGAAAAGAAAACCAAACCAAAUCGGUAAAAUUCAUAAUAAUUGUAUUAUUUAACAAUCAACAUAUUCCGAUUCAUUAUCUAGAGUCAUAGAAAAUGUAUAGGUAGUUAAAUAUACAUAGUAUAGCAAAAUUUGAGUAUAUAUUUCUUAUUUUAUGAAAAGACGUCUAAAAUAUUAUAUAUAAUAUGUGUAUAUAUAUAUAUAUAUAUAUAUAUAUAUAUAUUUAUAUAUUAAGUAUACAAGGUAAUCCAUUUUAGAUGUCUACACUUUAUAUAUUGAAAAGUAUUUUGAGAUCAGUUUAAGAAACAAGCAACUCUAAAAUGUUACAUUAUCAUUAUUUUUUGUUCCCCGUAUUUUUGGCAAUGAAAUCACUACUCUAACCUAACUCGAUUUUUUUACAGCAAUCUAUGUUACACAUUUUGCACUAUGCAAAUAGAGCGUCCUGCUAUACCACACAAAUGAUAUUCCUCUUCUCUUCCAAAAUUAAAAAUGUAAUAUAAUUGUUUUCAAAUUGUCCCCAAAAAAUGUCUAUUAAAUGUAAUAUUUUUCAAGAUAAUGAGUGUAUUACUGAGGACUGAUUACCCUAAACUAGGCAUUCAUUAUUUUCAUGUAUGUGGAUUAUGGACAUAGACUUUUAGAGGUUGCAUAUUAUAAACUAUUAUUUAUUAACCAACACUAAAUACUAAUUAUAUAUUUCAAGUAGUUAGUAAUAAUUGCACAUUUUUAUUUGAGAAGAAAUUUGGAAAUUAUAAGUAAAAUAAAUUCUUUUUUUCUGACAAACUUAAUAUCAUCUAUACAAAAAACAAAAAAUGAUUAUUUUAUUCAAUAAUUCUUACUGUUUAUUUAUUUAUUUUUAAUAGAAGAGCCUAUUGAAGAAAAUGACGAAAAUGAAGAAUUGCCUAUAAAAAAACGACGUAAGCUCAUAUUGGAAGAAUCAAGUGAAGGUGAAAGUGAUUAUGAAGAUUCUGGUGAUGAAUAUGUGCCAGGUUAAUAAUUACUAUUUUAUAAAAAAUAUUUCAGCAACCACUAUCACAAUCUUCUUAAUAGUUGAUUCUCCGUAAAGAUAUAUAAUUAUGUCAUUUUAAAAUUAUAUUGCAUUUGUUUUCAAGAUAAAAAAGCUAUGAUAGAGUCUGAAUCCGAAGAAAGCCCAAUACCUUCUGACGAUUCUUUUAUUGAUGAUGGUUCCGAUGAUGAAGGAACUCCAGAAAAAGUAUAUACCUACAUUAUAUUAGUUUUUAAAUCAAAAAUAGUUACUAUUUAAUUUAUAUAUAUUUUCAAUUAUAGAAAAAAAGAAGUGUUAAAACAAAAUCAGUUGUAGUUAGUAGAAAAUCAAAUUCUUCAAAUUUCAAUGCAUCUUUGAAUAGUCCUGCUGUUGAUAAAUCUACUAAGGUAAAAUUAUUCUGUUUAUACUGUUUGUUCUGUAAUAUCUUAACAAUUUAAUUGAAUAUCGCAAUGUUUACAAUACAGGUGACCAAAGGUAUAGUUGAUCAUGAUAGUUGGCCACAUUUAAACUUGGAUUUCUUACAACUAAAUAAAAUUAGAGAUGCUAAUAAAAAAUUGCCAUCAGAUCCUAAUUACAAUCCUCGGUCAUUGUAUAUACCAGACGAUUUUAAACUUAAAUUAACUCCAGUAACUAUAUUCAUCUUUUACAACUUUUAACAUUAUAUAUAUUUACAUAACACUAUAUUUAUUUAUUUUAAGGCAGUCCGACAGUGGUGGGAAUUAAAAUCACAACAUUUUGAUUGUAUAUUAUUUUUUAAAGUUGGAAAAUUUUAUGAGAUGUAUCAUAUGGAUGCAGUUACAUGUGCCAAAGAACUAAAUCUUCUAUAUAUGAAGGUGCUUGAUAAUUAUAAUAAACAACAUAAUACUAAAACAUAAUAUUUACCGUUUUUGUUAUAUCUAUUAAUGCAUUUAGGGAGAUUUUGCUCAUGUGGGAUUUCCAGAAACUGCGUAUGGUAGAUUCUCAGCAAUCCUAGUUGAAAAGGGUUAUAAAGUUGCUCGUGUUGAACAAACUGAAACACCAGAUAUGAUGACAGAGAGAUGUAAAACUUGUAAGUUAAUAUUUGAUGAAGUAUUUUAUAAGUAUGUUUAUCAUUAAUAUUAUGUAAUGAAUAUUUUUUAGUAAAAAAGACUACCAAAUUUGAUAAAGUUGUACGGCGUGAAAUUUGCCGCAUUACAACUAAAGGUACUAGAACUUUUGGUAUUAUUGAUGGUGAAACAAAUGAUGCCGAAAAUUCAUUUUUAAUAGCUGUAUCUGAAAAAGUAAACUUAUUAUGUUAUUAUAAGUAUUUGUUUAAAUGUUUAUUAUAAGUAUUAAUUAAUUUUCUUAUUAGGAAAUUAGCAGUUCAUCUUCCUUAUAUGGUGUGUGCUUCAUUGAUACUUCUAUUGGUCUUUUCCAUCUUGGUCAGUUUGAAGAUGACUGUCAUUGUUCUCGUUUAAGAACACUGUGUGCUCAUUUUCCACCAGUUCAAGUAAAUUACUAGUACUUAUUGAAUUUUAUGUGUAAAAAAAUUACUUCUAUUUAGAGAUGAUUGUAGAGUAAUAACCACUUAUAGAGUUCAUAACAUAUAAUACAAAUAAUUUUUUAAGAAUCCUAUUUGUGACUUAAUUGCAUUAUCUAUUUAAAAAGAUAUAUGUUUUUAUACAUUUAUUUAUCAUAUGAAUUAAAUAUUUUUAAGUUCAUUUUAAGUAAUUUAUUGAUUUUCAUCAAUAUUAUUAAUGCCUUGUUAUAUAAAUUUAUUUUUAUUCUUUAUGUUCAGGUUUUAUAUGAAAGGAAUAAACUAACUGUGCGUACUAAAAAAGUUAUUGACACAAUGCUUUCUAAUGCUGUUAAAGAAGCACUGAUUCCAGACGUAGAAUUUUGGUCAUCAUCAAAAACAUUGAUUACUUUAGCAGAGGGGGAUUAUUUUAAAAAAAAUGACAAUGUGGUAUAUCCAGCAAUAUUGAAAAAGUUUUUGGGCAGUGGUAAGUAUUAUUUGUAAUUUUUACAGAUAAUAUUAUUUUAUCAUCAAAAAGAAACAUUAUUUACACAAAAUAGUACUUAAAAUCAUUUCAAAGUACCUAUAAUAAUUGUUCAUAACAAUAGUAUAGUUAUAUAAAGUAUCCCAUGAAGAUUUACCAUUUGUAAUAUCUCCAAAAAUAUAAAGAUAAUCAAUUUUUUUUUUUUUAUAUAUAUAUAUAUAUACAUUACUCAUAGAGAUAAGGACUACAGAUAUUUAUAUUUCAAUUAAUUGUUUAUGUUUUGGUAAAAAUCUUUAAAAAUUAUUUUAUUUUAUUAUUUAAAAAAAAAAAAAUUGAAGAUAUCCAUUCUAAAGAGUUUAUUCUCUGAUAAUUUUGGCAUAUAAACUUUUAUUUUCAUUAAAUUCGUGAUUUUUAAUAAUUAUUUGAAGUACAGAGAAAAUAUAUAAAAAAAAAUAAUUUAAUUAUCUUUACUAUAUCAGAAGAUAUUGCAAUGGGUAUAUCUUUAAACACCCUUUAAAUAGAUAUAGUAAUUAUUUCAAUGACCCAAAUUUGAGAAAAGGAAUAGCAAGAUUGUAAGUAAUAGUAUCAUGUAUUAAGUGUGUAUUUAUUUUAAAAUUAAUCUCUUUUUAUUAAUUUAUUUUUGUUGAAUUCCACAGAAAAUUAAUUAUGUAAUAUAUACUAUAUACUAAAAUUUUAAUAAUUAUCGUAUUCAUUAAAAAAAAAAAUUUAAUUUACAAGAUAAUGAAAAUUAAAAACAUUUUUAAAUUAUAUGGAAAAUAUUUAUGAGUUCAUACUUUUGUGUAUGUAAAUAGUAUUUUUUUAAUUUUUACCAAGUUUAAAGUGAAAACUAAUAUUAGUAAAUUUUUAAUUGAUAUAAUAUCUAAUAGGUACUUGUAAGAUUGAAAUAAUAUUAAGAGGAUUAUUUUCAAAAUAAUUAAAAAUUCAAUGAUCUAAUAUAAAUUAAUUUCAGACUCUGAACUACAACUAAAUGCUAAUGAUGAAUGUGAACUCGGUGUUCGGAGUUUGGGUGCUGUUAUAUUUUAUUUAAAACGGUGUAAGAUGGACUUUCAGUUAUUAUCUAGAGGAAGAUUUGAUAUUUUUGAACCAGUAGAUGUUGAAUGUGUCAAGUUAUCUAAUCAAGAUAAUAUAAAUACCAAACAUAUGGUAAUUAAUUUUAUUGUUAUAUGGUAGAUCUGUAUGUUAUUUUUAAUUUAAUUUGAGUUUAAAUGAUUUAUUUUUAUUUUAAAGACUUAAAAAGUUUUCACAAAAAAAUUGUCUUCUGAUAAUCUAUUUAUAAUUUUGUAAUGUUUUUUUGUAGGUCCUCGAUGCUAUAACAUUAAAAAACUUGCAUGUAUUAGAAAAUUCAUCAGGUUCAAAUAUAGGAACUCUACUUAAUAAGUUAAACCAUUGCUCUACACCAUUUGGAAAACGGUAUGUUUUUAAUUUUAUGAAUAUAUGCAACAUUCCAUGAAUUCAGCUUAACAUACAUAUUUUUAAUAUAUUAUGUGUAAUAAUUUCUAUAGAUUACUACACCAGUGGUUAUGUAAUCCAUUGACGACAAUAACCAGUAUAAUAGCUAGACAAAAUGCUAUUUCUUCUCUAAUAGAUAUCCCUGAUUUGAUGCAUGAAAUACAUUUAGAUUUGGCCAGUUUGCCAGAUUUGGAACGUUUAUUUUCUAGGUAAUUUAUCUAAUUAAAGUAAUUUAUACAUAAUUUCUGUUAUGAACUGUAUUUGUAUUUAUUUUUAUUAUUUUAGGAUUUAUUCUCAGAGUACUAAUGGAGUCGAAUCAGAUCAUGCUGAGACUAGAGCUAUAUACUUUGAAGAGAAAACUUAUUCUAAAAAAAAAAUAAUAGAUUUUAUUUCAAUAUUGAAAGGUUUUAGAACAAGUGUUAAAAUAAUGGAAAAAUUGCAAAGUAAUGUUUAAUUUUAAAAAUUCACAUCUGAAACAUUAACAAACAAAAAAAAAAAUAAUUUAUAUAAUAUUAAUUGUUUGUAGAAGCUGAUAUCGGAAAAAAAAAUGAAGGAUCAAAUUUAUUGACUAUGAUUUGUAACUAUCCAAAUAGUUCUAUACCUGGAGUAUUUCCAUAUUUAACUGAAAUUCUUGAUAAUUUUGAAGUAAUUUAUUUUGCAAAUUUUUACUCUAAUUACUAAAUAAAAUGUUUCUUUUUUUCAUAUUUUCAUUUUAAAAUUAAAUUUUGUGUUGACAUGUGCUAUAGAAUUCAUUUGAUCACGAUGAAGCUAUGAAACAUGGCCGCAUUUUUCCCGAAGCAGGAAUGGAUGAUGACUAUGAUACAGUUAUAAAAAAUAUUAAAGAAGUAAAUACGGAAUUAAACUCUUAUUUAAAUGAACAAUGCAAACACUUUGGAUGUAAAGUAAGUUAUAUACCAUUGUAUUAAAUUUGAUUUGAACAAAUAUUAAUAAUACAUUUUAUUCUUUAACUGAAGGUUCAAUAUUUUGGUUCUUAUAAAAACCGCUACCAGUUAGAAGUGCCUGAGGCUGCAUCAAAAAGAGCAGGAGAUGGCUAUGAACUUGCAAGUCAAAGAAAAGGGUUCAAAAGAUUUGUUACUAAUCGUUCUAAGGUUUGCCAAUUUUAUUAAUUGUCGUUUAAUGGUUUUCAACAGUAUUUUUUUAUAUUUUUUAUAGGAGCUUUUGGAAAAAAUGACUCACUAUGAGGAGGAAAAAAUAGAUGUAUUAAAAAGUCUCAGGGAAAGAGUGUUUACACGUUUUUGUGACAAAUUUGAUGAUUGGAACAAUGCCAUCCAGUGUUUAGCUACCUUAGAUGUAUUCGUGUCAUUAGCAGAAUACUGCCGCUGCGAAGAGGAGAUCAUGUGUGUACCUAAAUUUGUUCCAGCUAUCAAUGGAAAAACUGUAAGUAAAAUUUAACAUAGUUGUUAAAAAUAAACCUAUUAUUUACAACUGUGUGACAGUAUCCUAUUAAAAAGUGAAUUACAAUCAAUGAGAAAACUAAAAUAUUGCACUUUUAAGUAAACAUUUUAUAUAUAAUAUUUUCAUCAAUCAAUAUAUAACAUAUUAUUUUGAUACAUACACUUUAAAUCUUUAAUAAAUGAAAACUAAGAGUUAUUUGCUUAAAACAUUGGUGUAUUUGAGUCUUAUGGAUUAUUAUAAUUAUAACAAUUAUGGGAAUUUUUAUAUAAAAUUCACAAUAUUGUUAAUAAUUCUAUUAAUAGUAUCAUUUUUUUUUUCCAAUUGUAAUUUACUUUUUUAUGGUAGAACCUUGUGUGACUGAUGUUUAUUUAAUAUAUAGCCAUUUGUUGAACUCGUUGAAGGGCGCUACCCAUGUAGUUCAGGUGGUGAAAAUUUUAUUCCAAAUGAUACGAUCAUUGGAAAAGAUGAAGAUGGUACAUGGAAUUCAAGUUUGAUAUUAGUAACGGGACCUAACAUGGGAGGAAAGUCUACCUUAAUGAGACAACUCGGCAUAAUAACGAUAAUGGCUCAUAUGGUAAGAAUAAUAUUAAUACUCGGUAUAAAUAAAUACUCCAUGUUAAGACAUUAGAAGCAAACACAGGAUAUUUUUUAAGUGAAGUAUUGAAUAUGUUUUCACUUACUACAGAAAUUAUUUCCUUAUCUAUAAAAUGUUUAAAAUACAUAAUAUUAACAAAUGUAUUAUGUCCCAAAGGUAUUCUGUUAAUUUAGAGAAAAUCUGAUUUUAUAUUUGAUAUUUACUAAAAUUAUAAAAUAACAAUUUUAGGGUUGUCGGGUGCCUGCUAAAAGCUUUCUUUUGAAUCCAGUAGACAGAAUAUUCACAAGGAUUGGCGCCAAUGAUAAUAUAAUUGCUGGAGAGUCAACAUUCUUUGUUGAAUUAUGUGAAACAUCAGCUAUACUUCAUCAUGCUAGUCGGUUUUCUUUAGUUUUGGUUGACGAAUUAGGUUAGUUGUUAUUUUUCUUUCAGAAAUAUAUUUGUAUGUAUAUACAUGUUAAUUCUCAACACAAACGUCUGUUGUAUAGGCAGGGGAACUUCAACAUAUGAUGGAACUGCAAUUGCAUCUGCAGUUGUCACCGAAUUGGUAAAAAAACAGUGUCGCACAUUAUUUUCUACUCAUUAUCACUCGCUUGUUGAAGAUUUUAAAGCUAAUGCCUUAGUUUCUCUUGGUCAUAUGGUAUAUAUUAUUAUCAUUAAUACUUAAAAUUAAACUAAAAUAAUAAUUAAUCAAUUUAUUUAUUUUCUUACUUUCUAGGCAUGCAUGGUAGAAAAUGACAACACAAACGAGUUAGAUUCUGAACAAACACAAGAAACAAUUACAUUCUUGUAUAAAUUUGCAAGUGGUGCUUGCCCAAAAUCUUAUGGAUUUAAUGCUGCUCGUUUGGCUGGCAUGCCUCCAGACAUUAUCAAAAUAGGUCUACAAAGAGCUAAAGAAUUUGAAAUGGCUGCUAAGCGUCGAAUUCUAUUUAAAACUUUAUUUUCAUCUAAUGAUCUACCUGUUAUAAAAACAGCAGUUUUAGCUUUAUAAAAGGAGUUCCUAUUUGCUCAAAUCUAAUGAAUUACUAAUUUCAACAAGGUAUUUUUGAUUAUUUUUAAUAUAUAAUCAAUAUGAAUUUGCAUAGUUAUUUUAUAAGUAUUUUUUUUUUUUAUAUAAUAUUAAUAAAAAAACAGAACUGAUAGAAAAUAUUUUUUUUUUUUUAUUGGUGUCAUUACAGACACAGUUAAAUGAAAUAGUAAGAAAUGGCUAGUGUUUGGAAAAAUUGAAUUCGUCAAUACAUUCAUUUUAUGUUUAGAAAUGGCAAAUACAAAUGCAUUCAAUUUAUGUUAGAAUGUGAAUUUAAUAAUGUCUAUUUAUAUUUAAUAAGUCAAAUAUCUUUAAUCAUUGUACAUAACAAAAAAUUAGCAGUAUCAAUGCUUAGUCAAUGUUCAAAGUAAAGUAUCUGGUUUGACAUAUUGGCCCCUUACCUUGUUACCUGCUAGAUUGUGUGAAAUUUGCCUGGGGAUGAUCUGACAGACAUGCUCCAUUGCAUUUGUCGGGUACUUGUUUAGGGGUGUCAUAAUUUAUGCUCAGUUGAAUGCCAGGAUUGUUAUCUUUAGCUAGCAGAUAAAUAUUGCUUUCCUCUUAUGCCACUAAGUUAUAUAUAAAUUCUUAAAGUGUUUUUCGAGAUAAUUCAAAAAUAGAACCUAAAGCGUGAACUGUUGAAAAUGUUUCUGAAACAUUCCUGUUACGCUCAAAAUCUAAAAACGUAAAUAAUAAAAAAAUAUUAUUUUUAUUUUUAAUUUAUUUCUCUAACAUUACAAAGGUAGUUAAAUUAAGUGGCAAAGAUGAAUGUAAGAUGUUUAGAAGUAGUUUUUCUAAUGAUCUUGUCGGUUGGGACCAGGGCAUUCUUCUAAAUCAUUUUGAUCAUUGUAUACUGUUCCACAAUAAACACAAUAAUUAUAUGUACGUCUUAAAUAAAAGUUAAGUAUUUUAAAUUGUUCAGUUAUAGACAUUAUGUUUUCUUCUUUAUGUUCUUCCAUUUCCUCAGCAUUUUGUUCACUUAGAUUAUCAGUGGAAUCAUUGGGCCAAAAAUAAUGUUCAGAUGGUUCUUGUAUAUCCUUA